AUUGGCCUUUUGCACUCAAAUUCUAAAACAACAUUUCUCUUUAUUACAAAUAAAAUGCUAGGAAUGUGAGUCUAAAAAGGGAGAUAUGAAAUAAUAUACGAGUCUAUGUAACUGCAUACUCUAAUUACAUAGACAGAAAGAAACAUACUCAUUCAUGCAACUUCUAUCAGAAACUAAGGUGUGUGGCAUUUAUGAAUUGGUCAAAUCCAUCACAAUAAAAACAACAAUACAAUCUGAUUUGUUUUACUUGCCUUCCAUGAAAGUGAAGAUUCUUUUGUUUUCCCACAUCUCUUGCCUUUUACAUAUUCCUUGCCCGUGUAAGGCAUGUAAAAUUAUAUUCCAUUCACAUAUUCUUCAUCCAUAAUCUACUUUCCUUAAAAUAAAAACAUCAUCUCUUUGAUUUUUCUAAUUUUACAGCUCCAUGGUUCAAGAGUCACAGACGCCUCGAAUCACACAAAUACAAGUCCGAGUGGACUGUAAUGGAUGCGUGCGAAAGAUCAAGAAAGCACUCAAUGGCAUUCAUGGUAUAGAUGAUCUUCAUAUCGACUUUGAUCGACAGAGGCUAACAAUUAUCGGGUGGGCAGAUCCAGAAAAAGUUGUCAAAGCAAUUAAGAAGACAAGGAAGACUGCUAUCAUUUGUUCCAAUAUUGAACCAACAUCUUCAUCUAAACCAACAAAAUCAAAACCAAAACCAAAACCAAUUCCACCAGCACAAGAUGAAACAAUACAACCAAUUCCACAGGAAGCUUCAACAGCUCAAGAAACAUCCUUUCCAGAACCAAUGCUUGAGGCAACAUCGUCAUCAUCAUCACCGAAACCUACAUGGUACAAUACAAAACAACAGUGGCAGAACAAACCAGAAACUGAAGGUGUAGAGGAGGUUCAUAUGUUAUAUUAUCAUCAACCUAACUACAUUAACACCUUCAGUUCUGGCCACAACUAUGUUGAACAUAGAGACAGAACAUACCAUAAUGGCCGAGUAUUUCUACAAGAUCCAACACAACAACCAUUGUACAAUGUCACACAUAGUUAUAAUACAUACAUGCCAUCAUCUUAUGUCACUGAAUAUGAAUGUGUAAGAUCACUGUCAUGGCACACACAUUACAACCAUAUGGAACAUUACAGUGGAGACUACCAUGACAACAAUGUAAACAUUGGAGACAUGUUCAGUGAUGACAAUCCGAAUGCAUGUUGCAUAGUCUAGUAUAGGGAGUUAGACAAAAAGACAAUAAUGUUCAGUGAUGACAAUCCCAAUGCAAGUUGCAUAGUCUGGUAUAGGGACUUAGAAAGACAAUACAUGAAAAGUACAGGUUUAAUUUGCUUUCUAAUGUCAUGAUAUGAGCAUAAUGUUGCAGAGGUUUCCAUAGCAUAGUAGUAUCAUUAGAAAUUUAGACAGAAAAUAAAAAUACUUUUUAGUUUGCAUGAGACGUGGAAGGCAGAACAAGAAUAAUAUUCUUUAUAUUCUGGGUAAAAAGAUAACUUUAAAAGGAUAAUUCGUUUCGUAGAGGCGAAAAAUGCACUUUAUAUGCAA